AUGUCGAACAAAAGAUCAUCAUUGGUUGACAAGCUAAGGAAUACUUCCUUUCGAAAUGUCGACCCACUACUCGUUAGCACUGAGCUCAAUGGAGACAAGAGUACCAAGGCAGUUACUAUUUUGAAAAAAAAUCCUAAAAUUGAACAGGCCCCCUCAUUUGAACCUUCCACUUUGGCUCAAUUGGUUGACUUGAAAAAGGAGAAGCCACUCUUUGGAAUGUCCCCAACUCCUCAAAUGGAUGUUUUUGUCGGUCACCUUCUCGAGAAACCAAUCAAGUCAUCAAAGCGGCACAAUGGACAGAUAUGUUGUUUCUGCCAGGACUCAAUACAACUCACUCUACCCGGAGAGACCAUUAUACCACUUCUGUGUGAACACUUGUGUCACAAGAAUUGCUUUAUGAUGCUUAUCGACCCACGAAACAGAAAGCAAUUACCCAUUUGCGAUAUCUGUAAAGCAUCCACCAAUGUGGUUGACGAAGAUGUUUAUCUUGGUGCGUUCGGCUCCACACUGACAAUGACUGGAAUAGACAACGAAUCCAGUGACGAUGACGAUGACGAUGACGAUGAAACUGACUCUACAAUGGACACCCCCAUCUUACUGCAAAAUGCCUCAGCACCGUUGAUUAGUACACCAACGGACCAAAUUAUCAACAAUCAGCUUCACACGCCACCCACUUCAGCACGUAAAGUAGACUGCGAGCCAUUACUUUUUCUGCCCAUCAUAACUUGCACAAGCGAAAUGCACCCAAUCAAACCUUUUGAAAACAACGAGGUUAGCUACGUUUUGAACAUUAAACCGCCCCCCAUUUACUCCAAUUCAAGCUCACAGUUCAAUCCGUCUGAUUUGAAAUUGAAAUGGAAAGUGUCCCAUUACGUAAUAGAACGUUUAAGUUUGAAUGGUGAGCUAGGAGAGCUAAUUGCUUUCGAUAAAAUGAGGAUCAGUGUUGACGGGGAGGUAUGGGAUGAAUCUUGCAUAUACCUAUUUAGCAAAUUCUUGUUGGUCUACAACGACGAAACCCUAGCCGGUGUGGUUUCAAUUUCAAAUGAUUUGUGUCUGGUGGGAAUGAUUGAUGGUGUGCUAAAUUUGAAUCUAACUGACAGCUCCCUACCCGAGUUGUACCUCAGCAAUCAGUUCAGCCAAACAAUUACAGAAAAAUGGGAGUAUGUCUUGCAGAAAGUAAAGGAGAAUCAACAGCCCAACACCAAUUUGUUUCAAUUCACCAGCACAUGUUGGUUGGACCUUCAGUACAAUGUUGACGUGCCCCUGAACUUGAUUCGUUUUAAUUAUCUACUUGUACAUGGGGAAGAGUUGCCAAGCUUCUACUUGGCGAAAAUCUUACCCCCUCCUCACCCUCUUGCAUUGAAUAUUGUUAUUGCAGUACCCUUAUUCAACAAAACGAACUUGUCCAAUGCUGAUUAUCUACUGAGGUUGCAAGAGUUUUUACACCACAUUCGCUCCUCUUUGAAUGACACCGACAAAAUGGCACUCAUAUUUCUUGGUGUUGACCACUUGCACAAUCCAAAGGCCAGCGGAACAUUUAUUGGAUGUAUUGAAGCCUCAUGGAACGGAUGGGAUGAUAUAAUAAAGGACAUGAGUAUCGUUGCAAACACAUUCAGCAAUGAUGCUCAAGAGUUGGAAGUAGCGCUUGAAAAGUGUGCUGAUUUAUACCCCUUCAUUCCUUGUAAAGACAAUUCAAUCAAUAAGUUAUUGUUAUUGAGUUGCGGCGAGUAUGACGUUGUCAACGAGAGGAAACACAACCUUGGUAUCAAAAGGGUUCCAAGAAUGUCAUUAACUUUGUUAAGAGUUGGUUCACAUGUGGAUAUUUUCAAAGAGAUGUCGGCUGUCUCUAAAUUUGAAUAUGGGAAUGAGCCGGUACUUCGAUAUGCAACCUUCGACAGGCUUUUUUUGUCGAUUGAGCUUUUGAUGAAAAGAAUACAGAGUACUUGCAUAUCACACUUGGAGAUUAAUUUCAAGACAGAGAACAACAUCACCAUUUCAUCUAUUGAAUUGUUUGGAAAGAUGAAGCAAAUGGAAAGUCAAUCCCAAAAAAUCAGUUUUAACGGCAUAGCGUCAUCCGAUGAAAGAAAUUUCCUCAUAACCGUGAAAGUCCAAGAAAGCAAUCCUGAACUAGGCAAGGUGCCUUUAUUCAAUUACAGAGCAACUUGGGGGGACAAUAAACUGAUAGAGAAAACUGUGAUUGCCAACAUUGAUCAAUCGAGGUCACCAAAGUUACCUAUAGCAAACGGGGAGACUAGAGUUGCCGAGCCUGGAUCACCAGAGAAAAGCCUCCCAAAGAGCAUAUAUUUCUUGGACAUACCCCUUCUACCCCCAUUAUCUCCGAGUCGAAACGCCCCAUAUGCAAAACGACAAGCAGAACUUUUGAUUAUUCAGCACUUGCGCCAAGCUAUUGCAGAAGAAAGCCCUUGUGCAUUGCAGGCUUGCAUUUCAGUGGCUUAUGGUUUAUUGAAAGGUAUUUCGCAAGGCUUGGGAGACGACAACAAACCCCAUAAAAUGGUAUUAGACUCACACAAUGACAACAUGUUAAAGUUGAUGGCAGUUACCAGAGCAAUCAACUUGGAUAACCAACGAUAUGUUAGUUUUUUAGUGGACCAGCUUGGAAGUAUCAUCGAUUUAUUUGAUAUAGACACUAAAGAAGCGGUGGACAAAUGUUUUGAUUUGGUAUAUAGCCUAGUAUGA